UUUUAUCCAUGUAAUCUCAAAUGUCAAAUUGUGACUGUACUAUGUUAGGGUAAAAUUUGUAGCAUAUUAUUUCUGAAUUAUCAUGAUUAAACAGUUCAUUUAAUUAUUGUUAUUUAUUUUGUUAGUGGGAUUAUUGUUCUAAGUGCAAUUAAAACAUGUUAAUCGUGUCAUGAAAAUCAUUAUGAAUAAAGAAAUUGGAACUUAUACCAUCUAGUAAUUUAAAGGAAUAUGUUAGCAAAUUAUAAUCAUGCUGCUAGUUUUUUAUUUAUUUUUUUCUCAAAUUUCCGUAUUUAUGAAACUGAUCAAAUCACUUCUCCGUCUUUAAUUACAGAAACUAAUGAAAGUUUUAUCUGGACAACAGAACUUGAUUCAUCUGUGUGGAAUAACCAUAAAACGACUAAAAAACCACUGACUAAAUUUAAAAUUAGAAAACGAACAUCGCGUAAAAAUUUGGGCGAAAAAUGUUCUUCAUUUCGAGAUUGUCCACUAACUGCAUUAUGCGUGAGUGGUGUAUGUUCCUGUCCUUAUGAUUAUUACAAUUAUGUGCCUCAUUCUGAUCCUGAAAAUGCUAUCUGCAGGAAAAAAAUUAAAUUUGGUUUUCACUGUACUUUAACUGAAGACUGUUUAGGCUAUGAUUCCAAUUCUGCUUGUACAGAUGGAAUAUGCAAAUGCAUCAAUGGAACCCAUUAUAUUGGAUCUCGCAAUCUUCUGUCAUAUAAUAAACGUUGCUAUAAAAUUUUAGAAAGAGAAGGAGAUAUCUGUGAUAUUGAUGAACAGUGUAGCCGACUUGCAGAUAACCACCAUAAGUGUCGUUGUGUUGGUAGGUGUGAUUGUGCCAUCAUUAGCAGGUAUUCUGGUUGCAGCAUAUGUCAUGAAAAUAUUAAGAGAACAUUUUUUGGAGGUGCAGCUUUUAUAGUUAUUUUGUUGUCGUCGCGUGUUUUCACUAAAAUGCGCAGCCGAACUAGCUCACGUCAGCAACAGAAUGUAAGUGUAAGUGGUUCCAGAGAUCGCUGUUACAGAUUGAAUACUAGCCGUACUGUGCCAUUACCAUCAGUGUCCUAUACUCGCAGCAAUUUGAGGUCCAACAGACAUCUUACUUCAUCACUACCUGAUGUGUUUUUGAUAGAAACUCAUCAUAAUUUGUUGGGUUUACAUUCUUCUAACACUACUGACUUUUGCCCUCGAUCAAGUUCAUCAAGCACAGAAAGAUCUGGAGAAAGAAGCGAGGAUGCGCCUCCAUCUUAUGAGGAUAUUAUUGGGGAUGAUGGUUUAAUCUGGAAUGAACCACCACCAGCCUACCAUGAAGUUGCCAACAAGAUUCCAUAAUUUUUUUUUUAUAUUAGGGUAAUUAAGCACAAAUGCCAGUUAUCCUAAAGCCCAAUUUGUUCAUAGUUUUUAUCAAAACCUGGAAAUUUCAUUACACUUAAGUACUUGGUUGUUAUAUUUUUUAAAAGGUACUGUAGAAAGUUACAGCUGAUAAUAAGUAAAACAUUUAUUGAGACUCCAUCUCACAGAUUAUUAAGUCUUGAUAUUACAAAUAAUUGAAUAUCGAACUUUCUUAUGUAAAAAUAAAUUAAUUUGCAGAAAAUUAUGAAUUAAAAGAAUUAGAUUCCUAAAAAGUAAUUAAAGAGUUUAAGAAAGUAAAUAUGAUUUGAGGAAACAGUGUUAAUUUUAUAGAAUGAAAUUUUUAUGUGAAAAUGAUAAAACCUCACUGUUCAUAUGUAUGAUAUACAUCUAAAGAAUCUAACAUUCGUUGUUCUGAAGUCCUGCCAAGAUAUAAAAUCUUAUUUACUUUGUCAAAGACAAGAAAUUCAUAAAAAUGCCUAUAUUGACCUUAACCGAAUGCCUUAAAUUCUGAUACAUGGCUACAUGACUGUUUCUGACUAACACGGAUAUAUAACAUUCAAUUUUAUGGCUACCGACUUAUUAAUAAUGAUUCUAUUUUAUAUUUUUAGGAUUUUAGUUGAAUUUUUGAAAAGAAAGUAGUCUUGAUUCACUUAACAAUUAUUUAGUUUUACAUUGUGAAUAUUACAUUGCGUAUUUUAAUGCAUUACACAUUAAAGUAAUUAAAUUGCAAAUUACUUG